CUCGCCACUGGCCGUCAGCAGUGAGCAGUAAUGGACUGCAACAACAACAGCAAGUUCAGCGAAGAUUAGCCGAAAGUGUCGCAUGAGCGUGUUUGUGGGAAGAGUUUGUGCCGAGCUGAAGCGCUGAAUGUCCAUGUGGUGUUGGUGAAAAUGACACCGAGAUGACUCAGCAGUGGCUUGGACAUCUGUGAUCUGACAGAAGAUGAGACUUGCUCAGUUUGUCAAACUUAUGGUCCACUGUAAAAAGUGCUGCUAAACGCUGAUGUCAAACUAUAGUGAAUCAUGAUUGCUGCUUCUUGCAUGUCGCACUCACUGAAAAAAAUUGCUGCAUAAAUUAUAUUUGACUUUAUUUUGAAUGGAUUUCAGUUAACAGUCAGUGCUUACAAUGUCACUGGGCGAGCAGUCUCAAAAGUGGUUUCCAACCCAUGUCCAAGCCACUGUUCUUCAAGCAACUGGUUUACAGGCCAAAGGCAAAAAUGGCACCAAUGAUGCCUACACUAUCAUCCAGCUGGGCAAGGAGAAGUACUCAACAUCAGUGGCAGAGAAGACCCUUAACCCUGUGUGGAGGGAAGAAGCCUCCUUUGAAUUACCUGGCCUACUUUUGGAGGGCAACCCAGAAGUGUAUGAACUCUGCUUCAUAGUGAUGCAUCGCUCUUUGGUUGGGAUGGACAAGUUUCUGGGUCAGAAGUGCAUAAAUCUUAAUGAAAUCUUUGAUAACAAGGAGAGAAAGAAAACAGACUGGUAUUCCUUGGAGUCCAAGCCCGGGAAGAAGAGGAAAGAACGAGGUCGCAUUCAAGUCAGCAUUCAGUUCAUGAGAAACAACAUGACGGCCAGCAUGUUUGACCUCUCCAUGAAGGAAAAGCCCCGCUCGCCUUUUUCCAAACUUAAGAACAAAGUGAAGGGUCGAAAACACGACAGCGGCUUCGGUGACGCUUCUUCAGCCAUCUUGCCUCGGUCCGCCGUGUGUGAUUCAGAGCCCAGCCGUCAGUCCGGCGCACCAGAACGUCAAUCCCAGCCUGAAACAAAAGUCAAGAGACCGCUACUCGCUGGGGCCCAUAAACUCUCUGCAGCGCAUUCCAUGUCAGAUCUCAUCGGGACCCACUUUCGACCCAAACUGGAUUCCAUGAACUCCAUAGAAGAGAGUGGAAGUACAGGUGGCCCUCACAGGCGUUCCCAGAGUGAGGUGCCAGGCUUCCAGGACGACGAAGCACACGGUGACCCUUUCACUGAUAUCACUGACACCCUGCCACAGAAGUAUGCCACGCUCCCACGCAACCGCAACCCAUUUGAGGGGGAGCACGGGCAGCUGUGGGACCGACCAGAGCGGAAGGAGAAAAAGGAGAAGGUCAGCCUACUGGAACGCGUGACAGGAAAGAAGGAAGGCCGCAAGCCCAGCAAUGGGGGGCGUUCAGGGAGCUCUGGAGACCUGCGUUCCCCAAACCCCUUUAGUGGAGACUCGCAAGCAGACACUAACCCAUUCAGCUCCAACUACAAAGCCAGUGACAAAAAAUUAACCGGACCCAACAUCACCUUUGGCCAGAAGAAGAAGGACAAAAAAAUAGAGGUGACACAGGAAAGCGUGGCUGCCUAUAGCAACUUGUCUUUUGAAGAGGUUGUGCAGGAACUCAUCAAACAGAAAGAAGUGGUGAAAAAGAAAGAUGCCCACAUCAGGGAACUGGAGGAUUACAUUGAUAACCUGCUGGUACGCGUCAUGGAGGAGACGCCGAGUAUUUUACGGACGCCCUAUGAGCCAAAAAAGAAGGCGGGCAAACUUUCCAAAAAGUAGAAAAAAUGACCCAGGAUGAAAAGGUACUAAUGAAGGUUUAGCAAUAGCUCAUGAAUCGUUAUCAGGUGUUAAAGUGAGUGGGAACAAAUAGAACUGAUCAAUUAUUGAGUUACUAUUCAGUGGUUAGUUUUUCUAGGCUUUUUUAUUUUUUUAAUAUGUAGGUCAUACAGGUUUUGGUCUUGUUUUGCAUUCUUAUAAUUCCGUGUUAUAAUUUUGCUCACGAUUACUUCUUGGAGUGUAUUCUUAGGUACUUAAACAGGAGACAUUCAGCUUAUUGAAGUCACAUCAAAUCUUUUCACACCAACUAUGUUUAGCUGUACUGUACUUGUAAACCAACACAGGUCUGUUGCACACACAGUUGCCAUCAGCUGCUGAGAAGCUCUUACAGUGCAAAUGCUGCCAAAUUCGUGUUUACCAGAUGCUGUAGUCACAGUUAUGUGCUGUUUGCUGAGAGAUGGUCUACAGGUUUAUAAGAUGAAGCUGUAGGUACUGCGUUACAAUCAAGUGCAAGUCCAAAACUUGCCACUUAAACUGAGGUGCACGUCACGGCAUCAGCUUUUUGUCCCCACCCUGCCUCGUGGUGCAGAUGUGGACACAUUCAGCUUUAGUGAUUGAUGGAUUUUCUUAGAAACACUGGAAGAUGGUUGUAAGAAUUUGCUGACAGUUCCUGGAAGCCUGGUUUGUCUCUAGCUUCCUGAGGUGUGCAUUUUUUUUCUCCUCAAGAACAAAUGCACAUUCCUUUUAUCAGUUACUGACAUUUUAUUUUUUACUCUUAUUGUGAUGACUAUCAUUUAAUUUUCUUUGACCAAGGCUCUUAAAGUCCCCGGUUGGAGGUGAUAAUUUUUACUUUAAGUGCAAUAAUCAUAUUGAAGGUAAUGCUUUAUAUUCUGCUGGUAAUGGUCUUGUUUACAUUUUAAUCACAUGUUGGAGUAAAACUCCUCUCUUUAUGUUGAUUUGAUAAAAAAGCUUGGAGUUCUUUGUUACUGAUUGAACAGCCUUCCUCUUUUUCAUACUUUUUAUUUUUGCUCAAGAUUGUGUUAAUGCUACCAUCUGCACAUGUGGGUAUAUGCUCAGUCAUUUUUACGUAUCCAUUUUUUAAAGCUCAUUUACAAUGGGUUUGUAAGGUACCUGAUGUUAAAAGCGACCCUGUAUUCCCAUACCCCCCUCCCACGACCUAUCCUAUUGUGAAAAAACUGUAACUAAAACAAAAAUUCAUGCAUAUAUAAUUCCUAUUUUAGGCUCAAAUUCACUAUGUACUGUGUGUCUUACCACUUUAUGGGGUGCUAAUGAGAAUUCACUAAUAAUUUUCAGGGUAAAUAACCAGUGAUUGCCAUUUAAAUAACAUGUUAACCAUGAGAAGCUAACUGUUCUCAUUUCACUUUAAGGGUUAGGGUUUCUAUGUUAAACCAUGCUCCUUAAUUUUAAUUUAUCCGUGUGUCCUGACCAAAUGCUACAGCUACAGGGCAGCUGCUGGUUCUUAAGUAAGGUUGUUCUUGGAUAAAGCCACUUUUUAUGUGUGAUUGUGCCAUAGACUGUAGAAAAAUGGAUGGAUAUAGUCACUGUGGUGUCACUUAGAGCUUUUGGCUUGUGGAAACCCCCAUUCUGAGACUAUAGCUCCAGCUGUUUAGCCAUCUCUGAAGCCAAACUUGGUGAUCAAAGGGCAUCAUAUGCUAACAAAUUGAUAAAUCGUGGGGUUAAGUUAAAAAAAAGUUUUUUAAAAAUGCCACACUUGAUUUAACAGGCUUGAAGUUGGUAAUUAAAACAUUAGAAACAUUUUUCUAAUGAUAUAAUGAUCUCCUGCUGGUCAUUGGAAAACAAAAAAUGGUGGCUGGCUUUGAUUUUAGACCCAGGGCUAAAUUUUUCUUUUAUACAGUCUAUGGCUUGUGCAACCUGUAGUAUAGUCAUUUAGUGAUGGUUAGGGUUACAUCUAUAAUUGUUUAUUUCAGCUGUAUUUACAGUGUUAAACAUGUUUAAUAGUCACAUAACUGUCAUUUACUCAUCGUUGCCAUGUUUAACAAUAUAUCAAACAUCUGCAUCAGGCGAUGUUUGAUAUAUGAGGCCAUGAGGAGGAUCCAUCUUAUCCUGUUUAGUGGUUUUUGUACUAUUUAUGAGUUUUUAAUUGUUUUGCAGUCUUGGAAAUAUUUGACCUUUACACUGUAUGAUACCAAAUCCCAUAUGAGGCAAACUGCUACACUAGAUCUGUGGAAUUUCAACACAAACACAAUUUACAUUUUCAUGAACAUUACAUCAAACACAUUUUUUGGCAUGCAAAAGUUAUUACUUUCUUUCUGCUGUGGAAGUGGUUAUUUUAUCGGAUGCUGUGCGAACGUAAGGCCAAAACCUUCUGUUACUGAAUGUCUUGCGGGCGACUUUGAAAUACUUAAGUCCGAAAUGUAUGUAUACGGUACACUAACAAGGUGAUCAAUCCUUGCUUGCCUUUAAAGUAUUUGGAGUAUCCAAAGAGAACAUUUCAUAGGUGUGUUUUUAUUCUAUUGUUUCUUUUUUAAUCCCAUUUCUUUUUACCCAGACACAUUAUGGACAAGAAGUUACUGCUAAUAUUUUCUGUCUGAUGAUGCGACAAAGGCGUCGGGUUUAUUUCUUUGUAUUGAAAAUGGUUAUCUGAUGUUUUAUCUGUAUGUUUUUUUUGCAAUGGUAACAGUGUUUGAAUUAGCUUUUUGGAAUCAUAAGUGCUUUGUGGCUAAGAAUCUGCUUUCCAUGAUGGACAAGCUUUCCUUCCAAGAUUGCCUUCCAACUUUAGCUGAAGUGUUAAUCCUGGGCUCGUAUGUUUUAGGCUUUACUAACCACUUUAACCGGCCUGUAUUGGUGGGCUGCCAGGUGUUCAUUGAUCUUUUCAAGCUCUUAGGAAUUCUAUUGUACAUUUUGUAUAGUCGCUCGCAAUGUUUCUUCAAGCGCUUUUGAGUUUAUACACAUUUUGUAAAAUGUUUGAAAUUGUGCUUCCUGGGGAAGGUGUUAUUUUACUUGAGUUCCAAAAAGCGAUUCACUUUCAUCAUUUAUUUCACAUGCUUGGGAGUGGUGUUCGGGCGAUUAACUCUCAAGUCUAUAAUGUGGUCCUGUGUUCAGACGAUUAACUAACAAAAAUAUAUUUUCUCAGAUUAUAUAUAAUGUCAGUACAUUUGUACCCUCAGGUUGUUUAGUUCAAAUGAAAACUGGGGGUGACUAGUUCAAAUUAAUUGAUUCUGGUUGUCAGUUUGUCUUUUAGCUUGAUUGAUACAUUUGCUUUAUGCUUUAACAUAAUUUGGUGCUUUGGUAGAUGUCAUAUGAAAACACAAAUCUAAAUGAAAAGCAUUGUGAAAUUAUGUUUGACAACAACAGUGCAAAGAGAUAUUUUGCACCCCAAAAAAGGAAAGAUCUGCAUCUAUAUUCCUUGGCUCUUUGCAUAAUGUUUCUCAUACAAUAAAUCUGAAUAUGCAAAGCACUUAAAAUGCUUGAAGGUAAAAUGUCCCCCCACAAUAAUUUAAGUUUAUUAAUUGUGUAUAUGCAUCAGUGUACACCUUAAAUGUGUUGUAGGUAAAUCUCCGCCCUGUUUCAACAAAUAGUGAAAAUACACUGGGAUUUUUUUUUUCCCUUCUUGAUGAAAAUGACAUAAAGCUCCAGUUGGGGAUCUGACAAUCCUCCUCCUGGUAGUCUUUUACUGAUAAUAUGAUGCUGCUUGCCAUAGGCCACAUACAGCUGCCAGACACUAAGACUUAAGCUGCAGCUAAAUCCCCUGACGGUGCUUGUAAUGUGGCACACAGUUUUGAAGGAAAUGAUGACUGCGUUUAUAAAAGAUCUCGCUAUUUAGCAAAGCGUCAUCGAGUUUAGAGGAGUGAAUGGCGUCGCCUGCACAGGGGCCAACACAAUGAAACAUGAGUGGCUCCAACAUGAUGGAGACCUAAAAUUACUUUUUUGAUGUAAACAUGUUGGGUCUACUUCUGUCUGUGUGUAUGUGUGUGUGUGAUUGGUCUCACAGUUCAUUCAGACUUUCUAAUGUUACGAAUCAAUGAAAUGGAUGUUUGAAUUCUUGUCAUUCCUGCAUGUCAACCACAUGUUUUGAUUAUGUCUCACUUACACACAAGUAGGGCUGCCACGAUUAGUCGACUAGUCACGAUUACAUCGACUAUCAAAAUCGUCGACGACUGAUUUAAUAGUCAACGAUUAUUGUCCCGUUAUAUUUUAGAUAGC